CUCAAAUCUCAAAACUGCUCAAGACGCUGAAUUUCACCGCCUCCACUUCCAGAAAAAGGGCAAAGAACGUAUUCCUUCGUAUGGCGGCGACAGCGACGGCGGAGACCAGGCGGAUGCCUAAGCCAGGACGUGGAGGAGUUGUAUCUCUCGGUCUCAGCGAAGAAGAAGCUCGAGUACGAGCCAUAGCUGAGAUCGUCAACAAUAUGGUUGAACUCUCUCGCACCGGCGAAAACGUCGAUCUCAACGCCCUCAAAUCAGCAGCUUGCCGAAAAUACGGCCUGUCUCGCGCUCCCAAACUGGUAGAGAUGAUAGCCGCUCUGCCUGAAUCUGAAAGAGAAUCUCUCCUCCCAAAGCUCCGUGCAAAACCUGUACGAACUGCCUCAGGAAUUGCCGUGGUAGCGGUUAUGUCGAAGCCGCAUCGUUGUCCUCAUAUCGCUACUACUGGUAAUAUUUGCGUCUAUUGUCCUGGUGGACCUGAUUCGGAUUUCGAAUACAGUACGCAGUCUUACACAGGUUACGAACCUACCAGCAUGCGCGCUAUUCGUGCAAGAUAUAAUCCCUAUGUUCAAGCAAGAAGCAGGAUAGAUCAACUGAAGCGAUUAGGUCAUAGUGUAGAUAAGGUUGAGUUCAUCUUGAUGGGAGGUACUUUUAUGUCAUUGCCAUCAGAGUAUCGCGAUUAUUUUAUUCGAAAUCUUCACGAUGCAUUAUCGGGACAUACAUCUGUUAAUGUUCAAGAAGCAGUAUCCUACUCGGAGCACAGUGCUGUAAAAUGUAUUGGAAUGACUAUUGAAACGAGACCAGACUAUUGCCUUGGACCACAUUUGAGACAAAUGCUUUCAUAUGGCUGCACAAGACUGGAAAUUGGAGUUCAAAGCACUUAUGAGGAUGUUGCUAGGGAUACCAACAGAGGUCAUACAGUAGCUGCUGUAGCUGAUUGCUUCUGUUUGGCGAAGGAUGCUGGCUUCAAGGUUGUUGCUCAUAUGAUGCCUGAUCUUCCAAAUGUUGGAAUUGAAAGGGACUUGGAGAGCUUUAAAGAAUUCUUUGAAAGUCCAUCAUUCAGAGCAGACGGACUUAAAAUUUAUCCUACACUUGUGAUUCGUGGAACUGGGCUCUAUGAGCUAUGGAAAACUGGCAGAUACAGAAAUUAUCCGCCUGAGCAACUUGUGGACAUUGUGGCAAGGCUUCUAGCCAUGGUUCCACCAUGGACACGUGUUUAUAGAGUUCAGAGAGAUAUUCCUAUGCCACUCGUUACUUCAGGAGUGGAGAAAGGGAAUCUUCGUGAACUUGCUCUAGCUCGGAUGGAUGACUUAGGCUUAAAAUGCAGGGAUGUUAGGACAAGGGAAGCUGGGAUCCAGGACAUUCAUAACAAAAUAAGGCCAGAUGAAGUUGAACUUGUUCGACGUGAUUACACAGCAAAUGAAGGCUGGGAAACUUUCAUUUCAUACGAAGAUACACGCCAGGAUAUUCUUGUCGGGCUAUUGAGAUUGCGCAAAUGUGGCAAAAAUGUUACCUGUCCAGAACUAAUGGGAAAGUGUUCAAUUGUUCGUGAGCUCCAUGUAUAUGGGACAGCAGUCCCAGUUCACGGCCGUGAUUCUGAUAAAUUGCAACAUCAGGGCUACGGUACCCUCCUAAUGGAAGAAGCUGAGAGAAUUGCUCGAAUGGAACAUCGGUCAACGAAGAUUGGCGUCAUUUCAGGCGUAGGAACUCGACAUUACUAUAGGAAGUUGGGAUAUGAACUUGAAGGCCCUUACAUGGUCAAAUCUCUUGUAUUCUAAAGAGUUUUGUUUCCUGUUUUUGAUAAAUUGCUAGAGGCUUCUUCUUAAUAUAUGGUUUGGUUAAAAAUAGUUAGAUUUUAGAAUGUAUAAGUUGAUUAAUUAUUUUAUGGAUCACAAGCUGAAUGUUAUGUUUAAUUAUCAAAUCUCAAUUUGAGGUAAUAUUUGUGUGAGCUCAUUUUCAAAGACCUAAUGACUCUUCAUAUUUAUAUAGUUGUCAUGUUUUUUUUUUUUAUAUUUAAUGAACUUAUUUU